GGCAGGCAGUGAGAGAGAGGAGGAAGCAGGCUCCCCGCCGAGCAGAGAGGCGACGUGGGACUCGAUCCCAGGACCCUGAGACCAGGACCCGAGCCGAAGGCAGCGGCCCAACCCACUGAGCCACCCAGGCGCCCCUUAAAUAAUUUCUUAAAGUAGAGUCACAUCCCAGGGGUUUAUGUGCUAAAUGAACUUCUUGGCAUACAAGGGAAUUAAAGAAUGAUGGCAUCAUUCCAGCGCUCCAAUAGUCAUGACAAAGUUAGGAGAAUAGUUGCAGAGGAGGGUCGUACAGCAAGAAAUCUGAUAGCUUGGAGUGUUCCUCUAGAAAGCAAAGAUGAUGAUGGGAAAUCCAAAUGUCAAACUGGUGGAAAAUCAAAGAGGACAAUUCAAGGAACUCAUAAAAAUACUAAACAGAAUGCUGCAGUAGACUGUAAAAUAGCAUCAUCUACAACUGGAGAUAAACACUUUGAUAAAAGUCCCACUAAAACAAGGCAUCCUCGGAAAAUUGACCUAAGAGCUAGAUACUGGGCAUUUCUUUUUGACAAUCUUCGUCGAGCAGUAGAUGAAAUCUAUGAAACUUGUGAAUCAGAUCAGAGUGUGGUAGAAUGUAAGGAGGUGCUAAUGAUGCUGGAUAACUACGUAAGGGAUUUUAAAGCAUUGAUUGACUGGAUUCAACUUCAGGAAAAGCUAGAGAAGACAGAUGCACAAAGCAGACCAACUUCUUUGGCUUGGGAAGUAAAGAAGAUGUCUCCAGGACGUCAUGUGAUUCCAAGUCCAUCGACAGAUAGAAUAAGUGUAACAUCAAAUGCUCGAAGAAGCUUAAAUUUUGGGGGUUCGCCUGGCACAGUAGCUGCUCCCCGUCUGGCUCCUACAGGUGUUAGUUGGGCUGACAAAGUGAAGGCUCAUCAUACCGGCUCUCCUGCUGCUUCAGAUGUAGUUCCGGCUCAAUCAUGCCCACCAAUGACUGUGCAGAAGACUUCUCGCAAAAAUGAACGGAAAGAUGCUGAAGGAUGGGAGACUGUUCAAAGAGGAAGGCCUGUUCGUUCACGAUCAACAGCAGUGAUGACAAAAGUUUCAGUAGCAACAGAAGCAUUAAGGUCAAAGGAUGACAGUGAUAAAGAAAAUAUACAUCUUUUACCUGACGAAAGCAUACAGAAAGGUGAAUUUGCUGGAGAUGGACUUUCUAAUACUAUAGAAUUUCGGUCCAAAGACUCCUUACACUCUUGUGACCAUCCUCUUGCUGAAAGAACCCAGUUCACAGUGAGUCCGUUGGAUGAUGUCAAGAACUCUGGCAGUAGUACUUUACAAGACAGUUCUGUGAGAACUUCUGAAAUACCUGCUGUUCAUAUUGAUACAGAGUGUGUUUCAAUUACUCAGCAAGCUGACACACCUCCUUUGCAAGCAAAUGAUGUAUUUUCAGCAGAAAAAGCAGGGAUAGAAACUGAAAUGGAUCCUUCAGAUAUUUCAAAUGUGAGUGCUGCUAACUUGUCCAUGGCAGAAGUUCUUGCUAAAAAGGAAGAGCUAGCAGAUCGUCUAGAAAAGGCCAAUGAAGAAGCCAUUGCUAGUGCUAUUGCUGAAGAGGAACAGUUAACCAGAGAAAUUGAAGCAGAAGAAAACAAUGAUAUUAAUAUUGAAACUGACAACGACAGUGAUUUUUCUGCCAGCAUGGGCAGUGGGAGUGUAUCUUUCUGUGGUUUGUCAAUGGACUGGAAUGAUGUCCUUGCAGAUUAUGAAGCUCGUGAAACUUGGCGCCAAAAUACAUCAUGGGGGGAUAUUGUAGAGGAGGAACCUGCUAGACCUCCAGGCCAUGGAAUUCACAUGCAUGAAAAACUUUCCUCACCAUCUCGUAAAAGAACAAUUGCAGAAUCUAAGAAGAAACAUGAAGAAAAACAAAUGAAAGCACAGCAGCUAAGGGAAAAGUUACGUGAAGAGAAAACAUUAAAGCUGCAGAAAUUAUUAGAAAGGGAGAAGGAUGUCCGGAAGUGGAAGGAAGAAUUAUUAGAUCAACGACGCAGGAUGAUGGAAGAGAAAUUACUUCAUGCUGAAUUUAAACGAGAGGUGCAAUUACAAGCAAUUGUUAAAAAAGCACAAGAGGAAGAAGCUAAGGUAAAUGAAAUUGCCUUCAUAAAUACCCUUGAAGCCCAGAAUAAGCGCCAUGAUGUCUUAUCAAAAUUGAAGGAAUAUGAACAGAGGCUUAAUGAGUUACAGGAAGAACGUCAGCGAAGACAGGAGGAAAAACAAGCACGUGAUGAAGCUGUUCAGGAACGCAAAAGAGCUCUAGAGGCAGAACGGCAGGCCCGUGUAGAAGAAUUGUUGAUGAGAAGGAAAGAACAAGAAGCCCGAAUUGAACAGCAGAGGCAAGAAAAAGAAAAAGCCCGUGAGGAUGCUGCCCGAGAAAGAGCUAGAGAUAGGGAAGAACGAUUGGCUGCACUCACAGCUGCUCAACAAGAAGCAAUGGAAGAGCUACAGAAAAAAAUUCAGCUCAAGCAUGAUGAAAGCAUUCGAAGGCACAUGGAACAGAUUGAACAAAGAAAAGAAAAAGCUGCUGAGUUAAGCAGUGGGAGGCAUGCAAAUACUGAUUAUGCCCCCAAACUGACCCCUUAUGAAAGAAAGAAGCAAUGUUCGCUCUGCAAUGUCCUGAUCUCUUCAGAGGUGUAUCUUUUUAGCCACAUUAAAGGAAAAAAACACCAGCAAGCUGUGAGAGAGAAUAGCAGCAUCCAAGGGCGUGAACUUUCAGAUGAAGAAGUGGAGCAUCUCUCUUUAAAGAAGUAUGUUAUUGACAUUGUGGUUGAAAGUGCAGCUCUACCAGAACCUUUGAAAGAUGGAGAAGAGCGGCAGAAAAAUAAAAGAAAAGCCAAAAAGAUAAAAGCCCGGAUGAACUCCAGGGCCAAGGAAUAUGAGAGUUUAAUGGAAACAAAAAAUUCUGGAUCUGACUCACCUUAUAAAGCAAAGCUUCAGCGAUUAGCUAAAGAUCUUCUAAAACAACUACAAGUACAAGACAGUGGCUCAUGGGCAAACAAUAAAGUUUCUGCUUUAGAUCGGACCCUAGGCGAGAUCACUAGAAUUUUGGAAAAAAAGAAUGUAGCAGAUCAGAUUGCAUUUCAAGUUGCUGGUGGAUUAACAGCCCUUGAACACAUUCUUCAAGUAGUAGUCCCAACCACAAAUGUGAACACAGCUUCACGAAUUCCUCCUAAGUCUCUCUGCAAUGCAAUCAACGUUUACAACCUCACCUGCAAUAACUGCUCAGAAAAUUGCACGGAUGUUCUGUUUAGUAACAAGAUUACCUUCUUAAUGGACCUCCUGAUACACCAGUUGACGGUGUAUGUUCCAGAUGAAAAUAAUGCUAUUUUGGGAAGAAAUACAAAUAAGCAAGUUUUUGAAGGUUUGACAACUGGACUUCUCAAAGUCAGUGCUGUGGUUUUUAGCUGCCUGAUUGCCAAUCGACCAGAUGGAAACAGCCAGCCAGCUACACCAAAAAUAUCAACACAGGAAAUGAAAAGCAAACCUUCACAAGGUGAUGCUUUUAACAGUCGAGUUCAGGACCUCAUCAGCUAUGUGGUGAACAUAGGUCUGAUCAACAAGCUUCAUGGCUGCUUCCUCUCGGUACAAGGACCAGUGGAUGAGAAUCCCAAGAUGGCCACGUUUCUGCAGCACGCUGCAGAACUCUUACAUGGAAUAUGCAUGCUGUGCUUUGCUGUCACCAGAAGGUCAUACAGCAUAUUUGACGAUAAUCGCCAGGAUCCCACGGGACUGACCGCUGCUCUUCAGGCUACGGACCUGGCCGGAGUUCUGCACACGCUCUACUGUGUCCUCUUCCACGGCACCAUCUCGGACCCUAGUACUGCCAGCCCCAAGGAGAGUUACGCUCAGAAUACAGUCCAAGUGGCCAUUCAGAGUUUACAGUUCUUCAACAGUUUUGCAGCUCUUGAUCUGCCUGCUUUCCAGUCUAUUGUAGGGGCAGAGGGCUUGUCCCUGGCUUUCCGGCACAUCGCCAGCUCCUUGCUGGGCCACUGCAGCCAAGUCUCUUGUGAAAGCCUCCUUCAUGAGGUCAUCGUCUGUGUGGGCUACUUCACUGUCAACCACCCAGAUAACCAGGUAAUCGUACAGUCUGGCCGCCACCCCACGGUCCUGCAGAAGCUCUGCCAGCUGCCCUUCCAGUAUUUCAGUGACCCACGGCUGAUCAAAGUGCUGUUCCCUUCACUUAUCGCUGCUUGUUACAACAACCGUCAGAACAAGAUCAUUCUGGAGCAAGAGAUGAGCUGUGUUUUACUGGCCACGUUCAUUCAGGAUUUUGAACAGACAUCAGGUCAGGCAGAUAACCAGCCUCAUCAGCCCAAAGGAAAAUCCCUUGGUUCCCAAGACUAUCUUGAACUGGCUAACAGAUUUCCUCAGGAGGCCUGGGAAGAAGCUCGACAGUUUUUUUUAAAAAAAGAGAAAAAAUAAAUGACUUUGUUAGUUCUGUAUUUGAGUACCCUUGUUAAUAUUUUAAAUUGUUCAAACAAAUGUUCUAACUGUUCCUUAAGAAACUCAUUUUCACAUGUUUAUACUCUACCCCUGCACUGUAGAUAUGGUAUAUACUUUGCACUAUUUAUAAUGACUGUAGAUACUUUAAUGGUCUAAUUCUACAAGUUGAGUUUAUUUCACUUAUGCACAAUAUUUUGGAGUUCAGUAACCUACAUCCUAUGAUAAUAUGUACUUUGCAUUUAUUUGUAACAUGGGUGAAAUUAGACAUUAAAUUAGCAAGUCUGUUUUGUUCUUGUAAUAAAAUAACUUAUUCUGUUUGCAGUGGUGACUUUUCUUAUUAAGGCAGUAAAAUUUGGAAAGAAAAAUGUUAACCCCAACUCUGGGAGUGUCUUAGUUAAAGACUUAAAGUUAACCUCUAAAUUUCCCUUUUUAAGGUGUGGAGUAAAGAUGUUUUAACGCUUGGGUAUUCUAAUUAUAUAAUAUGUUUAGGGGACCAUUUGAAAUGGACUGGGAACCCUGUGUUCAUUGGUCUGCCCAGCUCUUCCUGGCAGAUAGUACUGAGAGCCUCCUAUAGCAUUGCUGAACUGAAAUUAUUCUCCAGAAUAAACAUAAGCGAUUCAAAAUGAUGAGCCACAGUGAAUCACCUUGAAGUAUUUUCUCAAUAAUUGUGAAGUCAACGCUGAAGUAAAAGUAAAACAGAAGGCCACGAGGGCUCUGGGUAAAAGUUGUAAUCGACCCCCGUGCACCGCUCACAGUAGAACAUGAGAAGUCCGCCCGGGAGACGUCGACCUUUUCCCAGCUCCUGCUCAUCGUUUCUCCACGUUAAGCCGAUGGUCAGUGCUAAGCUGUUCAUUGAGUGACAACUGUAAUCAUUUCUGUCAGAUAAGGAUCAAACAUUAUCAAGAAAAGAAGAUCUGGUUGGGAAAAAAGUGGCCUGAAUAUGUGUCAGAGACCAGAGUACAGGGAAGUCGGAUGGGCGGGACUAGAAAAAUUUAAUCGGUUUUUUUAAAGCAAACUUAGCCUACCUAAUGUUCAGGACACUUCUUUCUGGAGCCUCACAAAACUGCUGAGUUACAUGUAUGUUGUUUUUACUUUUUUGCAAAUCGGAAGAAAUAAAGAGGUCCCCAAAAUUCAAACAA